AUGGGGAUUCUCCAGAUCUUCCUUUUCACCUUGUUUUGCUUCCUUCUUCUGAUAUACAAACGAUCAAACGCCAAGAAAUCCUUCAAAACCAUACCACCAGGGCCAUGGAAGCUUCCUCUUAUAGGGAACAUCCACCAAAUUGUAGGGUCACUACCCCAUCACUCUUUGAGAAACUUGGCAAAUAAGUAUGGACCCUUAAUGCAUCUUCAACUUGGAGAGACAUCUAAUGUCAUUGUCUCUUCCUCAGAGAUUGCCAAACAAAUCUUCACAACACAUGACCUCAUCUUCUCCCAUAGACCUCACAUUAUUGCUGCCAAGAUCAUCACUUACAAUAACAUAGACAUUGGAUUUUCCCGACAUACUGGAAACCAUUGGAGAAACCUCCGAAAAAUAUGUACUUUAGAGCUUUUAACUGCAAAACGUGUUCGAUCCUUUAGGUUCAUAAGGGAAGAGGAGGUAUCUGCACUUGUCAAAGAUGUGUUCUCUGGUUCAGGGUCAGUCAUAAAUCUGAGUGAGAAAAUUUUCUCAACUAUAACUUCUAUAGUUGCAAGAGCAGCCUUUGGUAGGAAGUCUGGAAAUGGAGAUCAUGAAGCUUUCUUAUCUACAAUGGACGAUAUAACGAAAAUGGUGGGAGGUUUUUCAAUUGCUGAUCUCUUUCCUUCGAUAGAAGUGCUUCAAGUGAUUACAGGAAUGAAAGCUAAACUCGAAAGGGUCCACAAAAUGAAUGAUCAAAUGUUGGAAAACAUCAUUAGGGAUCACGAAGAACGAAAAGCCAGAAGCAAUGAGAAUAAUGAAGAGAAUCUACUUGAUGUUCUUCUGAAGAUUCAUCAGCAGGGAGGAGAUCUGGAAUUCACCUUAACUCAUGACCACGUCAAAGCCGUCAUUGUGGAUAUGUUCUUUGGUGGAUCAGGGACAGUAUCAACUACUCUAGAGUGGGCAAUGGCUGAGUUGAUUAAAAACCCAUCUGUGAUGGAGAAGGCUCAAGCUGAGGUAAGAAGGCUCUACAAGGGAAGAGAAUUUGUGGAUGAAAGUGAGAUUCAUCAAUUGAAGUACUUAAGCUCAGUCGUGAAAGAGACCUUAAGGUUGCACCCACCUGGUGUGUUGCUAGUUCCAAGGGAGAGUUCUGAGACAUGCGUGAUCAAUGGCUAUGAGAUACCUGAAAAAACCAGAAUCAUGGUCAACGUUUGGGCAAUAGGAAGAGAUCCCACAUUUUGGGAAGAAGCCGAGAUAUUCAAGCCGGAGAGAUUUUUGGAUAAUCCAAUUGAUUUUAGAGGAGCAAACUUUGAUUAUAUUCCGUUUGGUGCUGGAAGGAGAAUAUGUCCUGGAAUUAACUUUGCUAUAUCCAGCAUUGAGCUUCCACUUGCUAACUUGCUGUAUCAUUUUGAUUGGAACUUGCCAAAUGGAAUCACUCAUGAAGAGUUUAAAAUGACUGAGACAUUUUCUGCAAGUGUGAGAAGAUCCGAGAAUCUCUGUCUAAUUCCAAUUAGUUACGUAGCCUCUUAAUCCUUUGGCCCAAAGUACUCAAGAGACUGGUGUUUUCUGCCUUUUUUGUUUAAUUAGUUCUUGGUAAAGAAUAAAGGAAUUGUAUGUCCCAAUGUUCAGAGUUUGAACGGUUCGUUGAAAUAUUCAUGUAAUU